UGUCUUAACAUUCACUUUCUUACUGAAUUUUGAUUAUAUUAACGUAAACCUUGUUGCUAACCUUCACCUUUUUACCCGACAGGUUUGGAUCAACCAGGGCGACAUUAUCCUCAUCGGCCUCCGUGACUACCAGGAUUCGAAGGCGGACGUCAUCCUCAAGUACACCCCGGAUGAGGCGCGAAAUCUCAAAACGUACGGCGAGUUUCCGGAAUCGGUGCGCAUCAACGACACGGUCACAUUUGUCGACAACGAUCUUGACGAUGACAUCGAGUUCGGUGACGAGUAUAGCUCCGACGAGGAGGUGGACGCCGUCGAUGCCAUAUGAUCGGUCAAAACGGCAAACAACAAAGCUUACACCAGUAGCAGCAACAACAACAUCCACAAAACCAACAACAGUAGCAGUCCGGCGGCCGCACCUGCAAACACUUCUUCUUCGUCUCCAUUCGUUAGUAGUGGCAGCAACAACAGUUAAAUACUUUUUAUAAGACUAGCCGGAAGUAUGAUAAUUCAGAUUUUCAGCGACCCAAAAUUCGCAGGCGAGUAUGAACAUUCGAGAGUGGAUAAAGCACGAAAACCUGGCUAAUAUAUCAAAUACUAGGGAUUUUAUCGUUUUAGUUGAUUGUUUCGAAAAAAUAUUAUCUGUUUUCAACUGAAAAUAUAUCGAGCCUGAGAAACUCUCGUCAAAGCUUUAUCUACAAAUUUUCUUUGUGUUUUAUUUGGAAUAUUUAUUAUCACGCCAGAGAGUAUCCAGAAACACUAAUUAGAAAACACUUCAUCGCUUCGUUAUGCAUGGUACCUAUAUUGUUUUCCGAAUAAUCAAAUUCAAACGAAGUUUGUUGUAGGACAAUUCAGUUAAAUUUCCAGUAACACCCAUAUUUCCGUAUUAUCCAUAUAGUGUAACUUAAUCUCCCGGACAGUAAUGUUUUUGAGCUGACCAAAAUCUAGCAAAGGAUCAAGUUUGGCAUUAGCAGGGUUGGGAAGAGCCAUGCGUGUUCGGUGCAAUCAGUUCAUAGCGGUAUUGACACACACCCAUACACAAAAUAAGGAGAUGCAUGUAACAACUAAUGUUUGUAUAGAAACAUAAUAAAAAAAAAUCAAUUCUAUUCGAGCAGCAGGAGGUAGGGAAAAA